AUGGAAUCUUGCCACUCCCGGAGGAAGCCCUAUGUCACCUGGCUGCUGGACAAGGAGGAUGCUGACCCCUUCCAGGUGGGGACCUGGGUGAUAGAGGUGACAACACAGGAGGUGGCCCCGAUCCUGUCCUACCUGGAUGGAGUGGUGAAGGUGGAGGAGACAGAGCUGAAGCCCCGCCUGGGCUUCCUCUACCCUGUCCUCACUCACAACAUCUCACUCUUCAUCAACGCCACCCGGGAGCGUGACUCAGGCCAGUACAUGUGCACAGUCAAUGUGGUAGAUGAUGUCACCAGCACAGGCAAGAACGUCGGCAUCAUCAACCUAACUGUCCUAGUGCCACCGGCCCUCCCCACCUGCCGCCUGCAGGGCCACCCCGCUGUUGGCACCAACGUCACCUUGAGCUGUUCCUCAGAGAAGGGGAAGCCACAGCCCAACUACCAGUGGCACCGCACAGCCCCCACUAUGCAGGUCUUCUUCCCCCCCGCCCAAGAUUCGAACAAGGGCACCCUCAAGUUGACCAACCUCUCGCUGGACAUGGCAGGGCUCUAUGUCUGCAAGGCUGAAAACCCGGCAGGGUCGGCUGAGUGCAGCAUCCUCCUGGAAGUGCACUCAACAGGUAGUGCCAAUGCCAUCAUCGCUGGGGCCGUGCUGGGCUCCCUGGGCGCCCUGGCCACCGUCGUCUUCUUCACCCGGCAGAUGGUGGGCUACCGGCGCAAGAAACGGGACAGCCAGGAGGAGGUGGCCAAUGAGAUCAAGGAAGAUGCCACUGCUCCCAAGACCCCCACAUGGGCCCGCAGCCCCCCUGCUGACGCUGUCUCCAAGACCAGCACCUUGUCCUCCCUUGCCAGCGCCCCCUGUGCCCGGGCAUCUCAUUGCUAUGGGAGAAACCCCAACCCCAAGCCUUCACCUUCCAACCCCAACGACUCCAAAAUUGGGGAAAACCACCCAAAAAUGACCCAAUACUGA